AUGGCCAAUUCUGAUGACGAUGAUGCUUACCUAUACGGAUCCGACGAUGAAGACCAACCAGUGACUAAAAAACAAAAGACACAAGCAUCGGAACUGACAAGACUUCUACUGAAAGAUGAUGAUGCCACUGGUGACAAUAAUGAAGCCAAGAGUAAUACGAACCAGGGCGAUAACAAAACAACCAAUGACCAAAAGGAGGAAGAAGAAGAUGACGACGACGACGAUGAUGAUGACGAUGAUAUUGAUAUUAUAAUAGGAGACACAGCUCCCAAACCUUCAGUCGCCGGCAACGACAUCAUAUCAGAAGUAGCAGCACCAUCAUCAUCUGUAGGCACCCCACAACCGACAACAUCUACAACUACCCAAAUAACAACCAAAUCAAACACCGGCGCAACACCUACCACAUCAAAACUUGAUAUCAAUGCAAACCCAGAAUACGAAGGUAAACCAUUAACACAAUUAGAUUUAGAAAUUUUUAAAAUCAAACCUUGGCGAGCUCCAGGUGCUGAUAUUUCCGACUACUUCAAUUUCGGAUUUGAUGAAUUUACAUGGAAUGCAUAUUGUCAUAAACAAGAUAAUUUACGCGGUGAAUUUAACCCACAAAAGAUUAUGGCUCAAAUAAUGAAGGGGCCAGGUGGUCCUUUGCCAGGAACUGAAGUGGGCAAGAAUAAUAAUAAUAGUCCGAUACCUGGUAAGAAUGGGAUUCCACAGCCGUCUAUGGGUAUGUUCCCUCCUGGUAUGCCUCCUAUGAUGAUGCCUCCUGGAAUGCAGAUGCCUCCCGGUAUGAAGAUGCCUAACAUGGCUAACAUGGCUAACAUGGCUAAUAUGCCUAACAUGCCAAACAUGCCUAAUAUGCCUAAUAUGCCAAACAUGCCAAACAUGCCUAAUAUGCCAAAUUUCAACUUCAACAUGUCUCCACCACCGCCACCACCACCAAAGUAG